CGGCGCCCAUGCCCGCGGUCAGACUCGUGCAGAAGUAGCAAAGGGUCAACGUAAAUGUAAUAAUCGUUAUAUUAUCAAAGUUAGGUACUCGAGGCCUUUAAGACAGGGCGCCUGGAUGAUGUGAAGUUUCCAGCAGUGGAUUAAUCUGACAGGUGAACAUGAGUUUGUCACGCCUGCGAUGCGCGAAGGUGCUGCAGCUCACUCUUGCGAUUGUAAAACCGGACGCCGUCGCUCAUCCUCUAAUGCUGGAGGCACUUCAUCAGAAAAUUCUAGAGAACAACUUUGUCAUCAUUAGAAGGAAAGAUCUUAUCUGGAGGACAUGUGAUUCAGAGAGGUUUUAUGCAGAGCAUAAAGGACGGUUCUUCUACCAGCGACUAGUUGAAUUCAUGUCAAGUGGUCCAAUGAGAGCUUACAUCUUAGCAGGAGAGGAUGCUGUUACUCACUGGCGGGAGUUGAUGGGUCCUACUAAAGUGUAUCGAGCACAGUACACGUCACCGAGGACCAUUCGAGCGCAGUAUGGUCUUACUGACACAAGAAACACAACACAUGGCUCAGAUUCGUCAGAGUCAGCCGAAAGAGAGAUUGCUUUCUUCUUUCCCGAGUUCAGUGUUCAGGACUGGUUAGAAGUGGAGGAGCCAUGUUUUCGGGCAGGGCGUGUCGAAUAUGACCAGCAGAGACAAAUCCAUACUGCACUAAAACACAUCUAACCAUUCUACUGCCAAAAGACAGAACCAGAAAUGGCUCUAAUGUACUAUAUAUAAAGAACUGAAAGCACUGCUUAUUCUGAAUAUUGUGCCAUUUUCUUAUAUUUUACCAUCAGGUUGCUGACAGGUUUCUGUGCUACUUUUUCUGACUCAUGUUUUAUAGAAUAUUUAUUAUUUUCAAACAUUUUGUGCCAUUAAUCCUUGUAAAUAAUUGUGCAUCAAGUGCACUUUGUGAUGGUCCUUUUAAUACUAAAGACAUUCUAGUGCCUGUCAGAGCACUUUAAAAAAAUCACGUCAUGUUAACUUAAAAAAUUCUGUUCAUGUAUUAAACACAGCUUUGGAUUUUAAAACGUACCUUUGAUAAUUUCUUUCAUAUCAAAAAGUUGGCUCAUGAUUAAAUAAACCAGCUUUAACCUAUGAAUUAGCAGAGAGGAGAGGAGGUGUUUUAGCACAUCAUUUUGUUAUCAUAAUGUUAUAGCUUAGCCUGUUCCAACACUAUUUCAAACCAACAGCAAUUCAUUCAUUUUUUCAAUCAUCUUCAGUAAUUUUCUUCUGGUCAAAGACAUAAUAGAUUGAGAGCUAGUCUUUAUACACAUGGCCAAAAGGUGGGUCCAUCACAGUGAGGCACCCUUCACACAUCCGUUGAUACAUUGGGGCAAUUUACUGUAGCAUAGCCAAUCCUGAAUGUUUUUGGAUGCUGUAAGAAAGAACCCAAGAGAAUGCAAAGGACAUCCAUGGAAACAGAGGGAAAACAUUUGAAACUGCACAGGCAGUGACUCGAUUUCAGGAUUAAACCAUCAAGCUUUGAGGCUGCAGCGAUACCCACUGCUCCACUCUGCAGCCUAGUUAUUAUAUUAAAUUGCUAAAUACUACCCAAUAAACUGCCAUUUGUCUCAAUGGCAAAAGUCAAUUAGUAAUUUAACCUUUAAAAGGCACUCUUGAUUAACCGGAUAAUUACAUACAAUUUGUGUGCUACCCACAUAAAACAGAAGUAACCUGAUGUUUUUGUUUAUACUUUCACAUACAAUCAGUCCAGUCCAAGUGAGCCCAGGAUGAAAUUUCUCGCACAUUUACAUUUAUAGACAACUUGAAGCACAGUACGGUGAAGACACUUGUAGCCACAGUAAAAAA